AUGGCUUUACUCUGCAGGCGUUCACCCUCAGCGCUGCUGCUGCUUCCUCCACCCCCAUCCUUUGCAUUCGGCCCGGUGGAGGAUGCGUUCUCACUCCCGUUGGCCGAGGUCUAUGCCAGAAUCGUCCGCAUUCUGGAUGGCUCCACUCGCAUGGCCUCGCUGGAUAUUGCACUCGCCAUUCCUGAUCUGCUUGCCCCAGCAAACAGACCACGGGCCAAGGUCUUUGAGCAGCUCCAGCGCUACCUGACCAGCAUCUAUACUCUGGUGGGUGCCGUGUGCUCGGCCAAAAACAUCGAGCUGGAUGCACCCGGUGGCAUUGACACCCGUGUGAUUUUCGUGGAUCAUACAUCAUCCGAGAUCGACUGUCCAGAGUUUGGACCGGUUCUGGCUCUGAAGAGCCUGGCAACCUCCGAGCGCUCGUGGGACUAUGUGUUCUACCCAGAUAUUCCUGAUGGCCAGAACCUGGCCAGCACUUUUGCCAAUCAUGCCGAGCCCUCAAACAGGAGUUACAUGUAUAAAAAGAUGCACGCUAUAUACAGCAACACUCACUGGACACUCCCUCCAUCUCUGCUGGUUCCCGACAGCCAACACGCAUCCGGCCCCCAUCAUUCUGUGGUGGUGGGUGGCACAUUCGACCAUCUUCACCUGGGCCACAAGCUUCUGCUGACAGCCACCGCGCUGGCAUUAGAGCCACCUGGAAAGGCGGAUCCCAAACCACUCAAAUCCCUGACCAUCGGGGUGACGGGACCUGCUUUGCUGGUGAAUAAGAAGUAUGCCGAGUUUCUCGAGAGUUACAACGAGCGAUAUGAGAGCACCGCACGCUUCCUGAUCGCCAUCAUGAACUUUCGUUCGACCGAAGAGAACAAUGCCUGUAUCCGACAAGUGAGUGUAGCAGGCUCUGAGUGUAGACAUGUUGAGAUGACCGGACAGCCGCAUCUGUCAUUCAAGUUUGAGGAGAUAUCGGAUCCAUUUGGGCCGACCGUUACCGAUGAGGACCUCAGCGCGCUGGUCGUGUCCCGAGAGACUCAUGCUGGAGGCGCGGCAGUCAAUGACGAGCGGGCGAAGAAGGGGUGGAAGAGGCUGGAGAUCUUCGAGGUGGAUGUGCUGCAGGCCGGUGAGGCCGCGUCUCCGGACGACUUUGAGUCGAAAUUGAGCAGCACUGAGAUCCGGCGGCGGCGAAUGAACCUGGCCAAGGUGUAG